AUGUACAUCAAGGCCAUUUUGCUUGUUGUGGUUCUGUUUUUCGUUCAAAAUUCCACAUCCACUCGAUAUCUCAAGCGAGCAGACUUCGACGAUCCAAGAAUGUUCACAUCGUCGUUUGGCAAGAGAUCGAGCGGCGCACUUGACGAAUCGGAACCAGAAGUGAUCCCAAACAGCUACCGUGCCAUUAGAAUUCAGAGACGAAGCUUUGACGAGCUGGAUGACCCAAGAUUGAUGUCGAUGUCCUUUGGAAAACGAAUGAUGCUCCCCUCCCUUGCCGAUUUGCAUAGGUACACCAUUUACGACAAACGCGGAUCUGAUAUUGAUGAUCCUCGAUUUUUCUCCGGCGCUUUUGGAAAGAAGAAGUAA